ACCUGACGCUGUCAAGUCAACGAACUGAUGAACUUGGCGGUUUCAGUAGUAAGUUGGCUAGGUGAUACCUAAAAUGCCUCCAAAAAAGCGUGAAAAAGAUAGUGAAACAAACAAAAACACUAAAAUAGAUCAUUUACAGGCUGACCAUGAGUUAUUCUUACAAGCUUUUGAGAAACCUACGCAAAUAUACAGAUUUUUACGGACGAGAAAUAUGUUAUCGCCUAUUUUUUUAAACAGGACAUUAUCCUACAUGAAGCGUAGAAUGUCCAGAAGUAAUAAAAGUCGCGUCGGUUUUAAAGUUGACUCUCUAUUGGAAAAGAUAACUUUGAAAAAGAGCACAGAGUUACAACCCAACAGCUUAGGAGGUUACAUGACUUUAACGUUUUUGGGAUUUUACGACAAGAGCUUAGACGAUCCAAGAGAUUUCCAAGUGAAAGUAGAGACUUUGUUAUUGAAAAUAUGUCACAAAAAGAGAAAGGAAAGCUCUUCAGCCAUUGUGGAAGUUUCAGUCGGCAGUUGUUCUGUUCCUCUCAAUCCUUCAACAUCAGAGCCUCCGGCUAUGGCCUCUGCAGUCAGCAUUUCUAGUGAUACCUUCAGCCCUUCUCAGGGUCCUAAUGUUAAGUCUUACAUGUUAAUGUUAAGGGUUACAGUCACUAAAGCAUCAGUAACCACAAAUGGAACAAGUUCCACUGAAAUAACCAAUGGUGACAAUGAUGAACCACUGACAAAACGCCUCAAGUCAUCGACAGACCUAAACUCAUCAAGUACUGAUAACAAAUGGAGUAAACUGUAUGGCAGUGAGCUCAUUGUCUAUGACAAGCAUAACCGAUGUCUCUUAACCAACGGAGAAUAUGAUCUUGUAUUACAUGACGUCACACCAGGUGGUCGCAGUGCCACUAUUGCGAGGUCUCCUCACAAAGCCUUGAUGGCUCAGUGGGAAACAAUAGCUAAUGAAAAUGAUUCAGAAUCAAAUCCAUUUAAUAUAUUCAAAGUGAGACCACUUCUUAAACUAAAACUCAGCUGGAGUCAAGAACCUACAAAUGGCUUGGUGAACAGACCAAAGCUUUAUCAGCAAGCCGGAGAAGCUAAUGGUAUAAAAAUGGAACCGUGUUCUACGAAAGACAAACUAUCUACACAAAAGUGUUCCGUUAGUAAUGGUGAUAAAUUGAAAACAGAAAUAAGUGAAGGAGAAAAGCGCCAGCAGAUCAUCUACCAGUUCCUAUACAACAAUAACUCUCGCCAGCAGACGGAGGCGUGCGACGAUUUGCACUGUCCGUGGUGUUCGCUCGACUGUGGGACACUGUAUUCCUUGCUGAAGCAUCUCAAACUGUGCCAUUCUAGAUUCAAUUUUACUUAUUUUCCCAUGGCGGGCGGCGCGCGCGUGGACGUGUCCAUCAACGAGCUGUACGACGGCUCGUACACGGGCAGCCCGCACGACCUGUGCCGCGCCGCGCCGCGCGCCGGGCCCGCGCGCCGCGCCGCGCUCACGCGCCUGCUGCUGUGGCGCCCGCGCGCGCGCCGCCGCGCGCCCGCCGCCAGCCUCGCUGAGUUCCUGGAGCUGGACGACGCCGACGCCGGCGACGCGCAGCGCCCCUACCUCUCCGGCCACAACCGAUUAUAUCAUCACACGAUCACCUGCCUCCCAGUCUAUCCAAACGAGCUGGACAUCGACUCUGAGAACGAGACCGAUCCAUUAUGGCUUCAGCAGAAGACCAUGAUGAUGAUAGAUGAGUUUACAGAUGUAAACGAAGGUGAAAAGGAAUUAAUGAAAAUGUGGAAUUUGCACGUGAUGAAGUACAACUAUGUAGGCGACUGUCAGAUACCAUUAGCUUGCCAAAUGUUCCUUCAAAUGAAAGGGAAGGAGCUGCUCGAAAAGAACUUGUACAGGAAUUUCAUACUGCACAUGUGCUCAUUACAUGAUUUCGGGCUCCUCAGUCCGGUAGCACUCUACCAAACCGUGCAAAUGUUAAACCAAAUGUUGGCGGAUAACGCCGAAGCCAAAGAAAAAAUGCGUGAAUCUCUAAAAGCACAGCGAGAACAUUGGAAUACAGUAGGCAAAUACCAGCAACCUGUGAUCAUUGAACAAAAACCACCUACCACUUCCGCAAAACUAAACAACGUCGAAGCCUCCCCGUCAGUCAGACGAAAAACGUCGAAUCUACAAAACGCCAACAGAAUGGCAAGCACUAGUUCCAAUUUUAACAAAUCGGCCAGUCCCGGACCUAGUAAUGGGGAAAGUAAACGGAAAAUGUCUUCAGGUAGCAUACAGAGUCGCAAGCGGUCCUCCAUAUCGGAAAGAAAAAGCUCCGUAUAGCGAAGGAUUAGUAUUUUUCCGGAUCGAGGCUUCUAGUUAUACCUGGACGUUGAAAUUGUUUUCAGGUUAUUCGGACUAUUCUGUCGAGACAGACAAAUUGUUAUUUAGACUCAUGUUUCUAUAUUUUGUUUUUUUUUUUUUUUUGUGAUUGGCGCCAUAUAAAUCGAGAUCGUUUAAUGUAUUUGUCAUUUGAUAGUUAAUUAUUUUCUCGGCACUGCCCGUUAAUUAUAAGUCAUAGAUGUCGAUCCAUUAAAUGGAUGUCAAUAGAUAAGUUUUUUAAAUUAUGACGUGUAUUCUUUUAAUUAUAACGGAUCUCUUUUCUCACAAGAUGCAUGCAAUAAUGUUUUAAGCAAAUAACAAUUAUACAAUACAUACAGCAAAAUAAUGUAAAAACUUUUUAUUAAUAGACUGAUUGCAAAUAAAGACUUCGUGUACUCCCAUUGUAAUAAUAGCAAACGAAAUAAAAUUACUUACAGAUUUGAUUAGGAUACAAAAAUAACUUUAAUAAGAUGCUAUUCCUCUGAGCGAAUUAUUAAUUAAGUGAUUCUACAGUUCUCAUUUUUUUUUUAUGAUAGUCUAUCGUAAAUUAGAGGAAAUGUUCAGAAUUAGCAAUAAAUAUUUGUGAAAUUGUCGAUAAAUACUGUACAAAUAUAUCUAUAUAUUAUAACCAUGUGGCUGAUGAAAGACCAUUGUUCAAAAACUGGAUUCGAUGCACCUUUGCGUGAAACAAUAAAGACUGCAAUACAAUAUUGCCUUAUAUUCGUUCCCAAUCAUGGUCUCGGGUGAAUGUAUUGUGAUUGUUUAAUACAACACAUUUUACAAUAGUAUUAGUUGUGUGUUUACGUUAUUAAAUGUUAAUGUAUUUCCAUAUUGCAAUGAUUGAUGAAUUGAAAAUAUUUUGUUAUUUUUGUGACAUUUGAUUAAUUUCAGUAAUUAUUUGUACUUAUGAAAAUGAAUUAUAAUGAUUAUUUUUUGUAAA